GUGCUUCUGGUGACAGUCAACAUGGCGUUCAGUUUUGGCGGCGCCACGGGCAACGCAGCGGCAAGCACCCCCGGGUUUUCUUUCGGUUCAUUUGGUGCCAAAACCACAGCGUCUACAGCUUUUGGCUUUGGCCCCCCAGCCACCACCACCACCGCCUCAUCCGGAUUCGGCACUCUUACAGCCCCUGGUUUUGGGGCAGCCACCACCACUGCUGCCGCACCAGCCACAGGAUUUGGUUUUGGCUCCACCAGCACUGGCGCGUUUGGUGGCUUUGGGACAACCACAACAACUGCUGCUGCACCAGGGUCGACUUUUAGCUUUGCUGCUCCUUCCACUGCCACAGGAAGCCUGUUUGGUAACGUGCAGAACAAAGGGUUCGGGUUCUCCUCUGGGCUCGGUGCUGGGACCGCUACUGGGACAACAGGAUUCGGGACUGGAUUAGGAACAACUGGCCUGGGUGGGUUUGGAGGUUUUAAUAUCCAGUCAGCUCAGCAGCAGCAAGGAGGCUUGUUUGGCCAGCAGACUCAGCAGCAGGGUCAGACUCAGCCCACCCAGCUUUACCAGCAGGUCACUGCUCUGUCAGCCCCCACCUUGCUGGGAGAUGAGCGUGACUCCAUCUUAGCCAAAUGGAACCAGCUUCAGGCUUACUGGGGCACAGGGAAGGGCUACUACAGCAACAACAACCCACCUGUAGACUUUACCCAGGAGAACCCAUUCUGCAGGUUCAAGGCAGUGGGCUAUAGCUGUGUCCCCGUGAGUAAGGAUGAGGAUGGUUUAGUGGUCUUGGUUCUCAAUAAAAAGGAAGCUGAUCUGCGAGCGCAGCAGCAGCAGCUGGUGGAGUCCCUCCAUAAGGUCCUGGGAAGCAACCAAACACUCACUGUCAAUGUAGAUGGUGUCAAAGCCCUGCCAAACGACCAGACAGAAGUGAUCAUUUACGUGGUGGAGCGUUCCCCUAAUGGUACCUCCAAGCGGAUUCCAGCCUCCACACUCUUCGGUUACCUGGAGCAGGCCAACAUCAAGGUCCAGCUCACACAGAUCGGAGUUGCCAUGUCUGUCACACGCACAGAGCUGUCUCCAGCACAGCUCAAACAGCUGCUGCAAAAUGCUCCUGCAGGAGUGGACCCUAUCAUUUGGGAGCAGGCAAAGGUAGACAACCCUGACCCCGAAAAAUUAAUCCCAGUACCUAUGGUGGGUUUCAAGGAACUCCUUCGCAGGCUGCAGAUCCAGGAGCAGAUGACCAAACAGCAUCAGACCAGAGUGGAUAUAAUCUCCAAUGACAUCAGUGAACUGCAGAAGAACCAGGCGACCACAGUGGCCAAGAUUGCCCAGUACAAGAGGAAACUGAUGGAUCUCUCCCACAGAGUGCUGCAGGUGCUGAUUAAACAAGAGAUUCAGAGGAAGAGUGGUUAUGCUAUCCAGGUGGAUGAGGAGCAUCUCAGGGUGCAGCUGGACACCAUUCAGUCUGAACUCAAUGCCCCCACACAGUUCAAGGGUCGUUUGAAUGAAUUAAUGUCCCAGAUCCGGAUGCAGAACCACUUUGGAGCUGUGAGAUCAGAAGAGCGCUACAGUGUUGAUGCAGACCUCCUCAGAGAAAUCAAACAACACUUGAAGCAGCAGCAGGACGGUUUAAGCCAUUUGAUCGGCGUCAUCAAAGACGACUUGGAGGACAUAAAACUCAUAGAGCACGGGCUGAGCGACAGUGGACACAUGAGAGGGGGCAUCCUGAGCUGAGUCUACCCUACCAAUACACACACAUGUGCUCUGACUCUUUCACUGUCAAUCUCCUGAUAAAGAACAUGCCUUUCACCCAGACAUGUCAACACGGUAUUUGAAUCACCUGGGAACAUUAUUUUGCCUUUUAAGUUUAAUCACAGUAGGGCAGCUGAACAUAUUUGUUCGAAAGGUCAAUUUUUUAACACCAUUUUUGCAAGUUUAUCAGGACUUUGCCUCAUAAUCAGUACCAGCAAAACAAAGACCAGUUAAUCUUUCUGGACUGAUAUAGACAGCUCAAUGGAAAGACUCAACAUCUUCUAAUUAUAGCUGGCUUCCCCUAAUGUCAGCUCAGAUUAUGGAUGUGUGCCUAUACAUGUGACUGGCAUGUAAACAAGACAUGGGAUUGAGUGAGUCGUGAUUGAAUACAUUGUAAAUACAUGUUUGUUUGGUUUUUUUAAUGCUGUUAGAAUGUUAUUAAAAAUUCAGAUACACCAUAAACAAG